AUGGAAGCUGAGAAAGAACAAGGCCUCAUGCCUGGAUCUGAGAGGGAUGCCUCAGACGACAACACCUUGACAGGCCGUGAUGAGGAGGAACUCUCCCGCACAAAGACAUCAGCUUCAAUAGCAGAUUCUUUCUCUCUACCACGUGAAAUUCUAUUCAUAGCCAUCAUCUGCAUGGCCCAGUUCAUGACACAAGGCGCUCUCGGAAACUGUCUCAAUAUCAUCCACAUCAUCGGCGACUCAUUCGGCCUCAAGAACCCAGCCGAGCUGAGCUGGCUCAUCGCCGGCUACAGUCUCACAGUCGGAACCUUUAUUCUCUUUGCAGGACGCCUUGGAGACAUCUUUGGAUAUAAGCGCAUGUUCGUUAUCGGAUUCGUUUGGUUCGCUGUCUGGUCAAUGGUCUGCGGUCUUGCCAGCUACUCCAACCACGUUCUCUUCGUAUUCGCAAGAGUCUUCCAGGGUAUCGGACCAGCACUGGUUAUGCCAAACGGCCUUGCUAUUCUGGGAGCAUCGUACAACCCCGGUGCCAAAAAGGCUAUCGCUUUUGCCCUAUUUGGCGCUUGUGCCCCUGGCGGUGCUGUUUUCGGCUCUGUCUUUGCUGGACUUUUUGUCCUUGGUGACCCCAGCUGGUGGCCUUGGGCGUUUUAUUCUUUCGCCAUCGGCCUGCUCUUUAUUGCACUUCUGGCGAGCUUCAUCAUCCCUGACCCACCGCAUAAGCUUUCAUCUGCUGACUUGUCGUGGGGAGAGAUCCUUGGUCAACUGGAUCUUCCCGGUGCCGUGACUGGUAUCACUGCCCUCGUGCUCUUCAACUUUGCCUGGAACCAAGCUCCUAUCGACGGCUGGGACAAGCCCUGGGUUAUUGUCACUUUGAUUGCUGGAGUUCUGAUGGUUCCUGUCUUCUUUUACGUCGAGUUGCGCGUCGCCUCGCAUCCCCUCAUCCCAUUCGAUGCUUUGACCAGCGAUGUUGCCUACAUCUUGACUUGCAUUGUCUGUGGUUGGGCGACGUUCGGUAUCUGGGUUUACUAUACAUGGCAGUUCUUCCAGAUGGUCCGAGGAGCCUCUCCUAUCUUGUCAAGUGCUUGGAUGAGCCCUGUGGCCAUCUCCGGAGCUUGUGCUUCCAUGACUACAGCUUGGCUUUUGCACGUUUCGCACCCUGCGCUGGUCAUGCUGCUUGCUAUGGGUGCAUUCACCACGGGUACCAUUCUUAUGAUGACUGCUCCCAUUGAACAAUCCUACUGGUACCAAACUUUCUUCGGCCUCAUCAUCAUGACAUUUGGCAUGGACAUGUCCUUCCCCGCUGCGACGUUGAUUCUUUCCAACUCUGUCAAGAGAGAGCACCAGGGCAUUGCAGCAAGUCUUGUCAGCACCAUUGUCAACUACAGUAUCAGUCUCGGCCUGGGCUUUGCUGCCACUGUUGAGGUCAACAUUAACAAGGGCGGAGAGUCCCAGGCAGAUUUGCUCAAGGGAUACCGUGCAGCAUUCUAUAUGGGUGUUGGAUUUGCUGGAUUAGGAUUCGCCAUCAGCAUUGUUUAUUUCAUCAAGAGCAUGUGGAGGAAGAAGAAGGUUGAGCAAUAA